UUCUUUUAAGAGUUUAGGUAUUAAUUUGUAGUGCUGCUCCAUGGACCUUUCUGUAACAGAUACAGCACUUGUGUGGUGUAGGCACCGUUUGGAAGCUACUGAUUUGUUCCUGUUUACUUAAGGAGUGUAAAAUGAUAUAAAACUGGGACUUGUUGCUUGCUAAUUCUGAUAAUAAACACAUAUUUGUAUGGGAGCGUGCGUGUUGUAUGUUGGGUAUGUCAGGGAGUAGCACUGGCCUUUAUCGGCACUGUCAACUGUUAACGUCCGUACUUAAUAUUUUGUUGUUAUCGAAACAAAAUUUUCCAGUUUUGCGCUUGGGUUUUUAAAUAAAUUAAACAAACCCGUGUCGGCGUUAUACUUUGAGAAGGAGCCGCUUGCUUAGGGCAGAUAAGCAGCCAAAGACGGAGGGGUAUGUAAUUUUGUCUGCUGAAAAUGGGAAGCAGCAACAGUACUCAAAGUUUUGGGAUUCCCCAUGGAAAGGGACCUCAUAGUGUUGGUUGUACUGACGUAAUGGCAGACCAUACAGUUCAGGGAAGUUUUUUACGUCUUUUUUAUCCUUGCACGGAUGCUGUGGGUUAUGAAGAGCCUCUAUGGAUUCCAAGAAAAGAGUAUUAUAAUGGAUUGGCUGAUUUUAUGAAAUUGAACAGAAGGUUUGCUGACUGGAUAUUUGAACGCUUGUAUGGUUCAUAUAGAUGUCCUGCCAAAUGGAAUGCCCCAUUUAAAGUUGGAGAAAAAUAUCCACUGAUCAUUUUUUCUCAUGGACUUGGAGCCUUCAGGACAGUAUAUUCUGCUAUUUGCAUAGAAAUGGCUUCUCUUGGUUUUGUGGUUGCUGCUGUUGAACACAGAGAUGAAUCUGCUUCAGCCACCUACUGCUUUGAAGAGAGACUGCCCUCAGAUUUGCAAGAACAGGUAUCUGCCUUUAACUCACCUUCCAAUUCUGCAUCUUUGAAAGAGAAGUGGAUUUAUUACAGAUCCUUAAAACAAGGAGAAUCAGAAUUUGAGCUACGAAAUAAACAGGUUCUUCUGCGAACAGAUGAGUGUAUCAGAGCCCUGAACCUCAUAUGUGACAUUAAUGGAGGUAAACAAGUAACAAAUGCAUUACCCUUGCAUUUUGACUUCACUGCUUUAAAGGCCUCUAUUGAUGUUUGUCGAAUAGCUGUUAUGGGCCACUCCUUUGGUGGUGCAACAGUAAUUGAGACUCUUAGCAAAGAAGCCAGAAUAAGUUGUGGUAUUGCAUUGGAUGCAUGGAUGUUUCCACUUUCUGAUGAGUUUUAUCGUACAGUACGGCAGCCACUGCUGUUUAUUAACUCGGAGACAUUCCAAUGGGCUGGGAAUAUCAUGAAAAUGAAAAAACUCGAGUCCUGCAUUAAGGAGUGGAAAAUGAUAACCGUAAAGGGUACAGUGCAUCAGAGUUUUCCAGACUUCACCUUUUUGACGGGCAGUUUGUUUAGCAGAAUAUUUAAACUGAAAGGAAACAUCCAUCCACACAUAGCUAUAGAUAUUACAAAUAAGGCUUCAGCAGCAUUUUUCCAGAAGCACUUGGGUCUUGAGAAAGACUUCAAUCAAUGGGACCACCUUAUUGACGGGAAAGGAGAGCACAUUUUGCCAGGCACAAAUGUAUCGCUACCUCUUUCAUAGUCUGUUAUAAAUGACUAAUCACAGAGUGCUGAAAGUCCUCACAACACAGAAUAACAGUGAAAUUAUCUCAAAGACUGAUUUAUUUUAAUUUGGUUGUAGUGAUGAAUGGUAACAAAAGUAAAUUAUUGAUCUUUGAUAAGGAGGCAAAAUUCCUGCCUCUGCUGAAUGAAAUGUACAGCUUUCUUAACUGUUCUGUUUGAGUGACAGUGUUUAGACAUCUACUUUCUGGAAUCACAGUUUUGUAUAAAGAAUUAUUAAAGGUAGAAUUUUACUGAA